AUUGCGAAUAUUUUCAAAAUUUCAAGAUCAUAAAGCAUUGCAACGCACGCUACACCGCAUGCAACGAAGCAGUGCGCCAUCUAGCAACCACCCUACAAUUUGAGCUGCAAACCACCGGCCGCUGCAGGCGUCUCAUCCCACCGAAAAACUAGUCCACAAUUAAACGCGCAACGGCAAAAACUACAACUAGACAGCCAGUGCGACGAGAAACGCUGCACAAUUAAAACCUAAUCUUAUUGGAAUCCUUCUCAGCUCACUUGUGGCGGCACAAAUUGGUUUAGCAUUGCGCGUCCUUCUCAAACUCGGAAGUAUAAGUUCAUAAACAACGUCCACUAAAACACUCACACAAAUAUUAUGGCAAAUCUAAUGAAUCGUGCACGUGAUAAUUUUCUAGGCAACAACAACAAUCAACAUAUGCACGACGAGGGUGUCGUGAUGCCCGAUGUUGAUAAUAGCAUGGAUGACGGGGAUAUGGAUGAUCCUAUGGUGCUAAGUACUCCCGGGCGUACGCUAAAUGCCACAAUGAGUGACCAAGCGCUCAAUACUCUAAAUGAGCUGCGGCGCAACAAUCUACUCUGUGAUGCAGUUAUAUCGGUGUCCGAUGAUUCUUUCAAUGUACAUCGUGCCAUUAUGAGUGCUUCCAGUUCAUAUUUUAGAGCGCAAUUCACCGGCUUCAAUUCAACAUCAUCACCAGAGAAAAGUGACGAGAAUCGGUCAGUAUACAUACCAGGCAUGAGUGGAGCAAUUAUGGAGCAAUUGAUUCAGUAUGCUUACCUGCGCAAGUGCACCAUCAAUGCGGACAAUGUACAUGAACUACUCAUAUCGGCCGAUUAUGUGGGUAUGAUGGGACUGGUGACGCAGUGCAAGCAACAACUCGCUACAAUGUUAACGCCUGAGAAUUGUGUGAGCAUAAUGGGAUUCGCAAAAUUUCGCUUUCUUGAUGAUUUAUAUGCCAAAGCGCGUAACUAUCUGCUGCGCUACUUCAUUGAGGUUGCCGCUAAAAAUAAGGAUAUACUCGAAAUCGGUUUAAAGGAUUUCUAUGAUAUCAUUAGCGACGAUGAGCUGAAUACACGUGAGGAGGACCAUGUAUGGAAGUUGUGCAUCAAGUGGAUCGAUCGCGACCCAGAAAAUCGAAAGCAAUAUGUUGCACAGCUGAUGCAGGGUGUACGCUUGGGUUUGAUGACACCGAAGUGCUUCAUGGAAGAGGUGAAAGAGCAUCCGUAUGUGUUGCAGUGUGACGACGCCAAACCAUUGAUUGUUGAGACAUUUAAAUUUAUGUAUGAUUUGGAUAUAAUGAAUCCAUCAUCGGGCGAGGUAUUUACGAAAAAAACAAAUGCUAUGCUCUACUCUCUUUUCCCGCUCAGCUCAAAUUUAUAUGUGCCAUUUCGUAUGCCAUUUUCUAAAAAGCUCACAACACCACCAUUAGCAAUGCCACGCCUGCCACAUGAGGUCAUCUUUGCCAUAGGCGGCUGGAGCGGUGGCACUUCGAAGGGCUGCAUUGAGACCUAUGACACACGCGCCGAUCGUUGGGUGAAUAUACCAGCCGAGGAUCCAGCUGGACCGCGUGCCUAUCAUGGCACCGCCGUCAUUGGUUAUAAAAUCUAUUCGAUUGGUGGGUAUGAUGGCGUGGAAUACUUUAAUACAUGUCGGGUAUUUGAUGCGGUGCGAAAGAACUGGAAGGAGAUUGCGCCAAUGCAUUGUCGUCGCUGCUAUGUGAGCGUGGCUGAACUUAACGGUCUUAUCUACGCAAUUGGCGGUUACGAUGGUCAUAAUCGCUUAAAUACGGUCGAGCGUUAUAAUCCGAAGACAAAUCAGUGGACCGUUAUAACAUCGAUGAAUAUGCAAAGAUCUGACGCAAGCGCAUGCACGUUGAGGGGGAAAAUUUAUACAACGGGUGGUUUCAAUGGGCAGGAAUGUUUAGAUAGCGCCGAAUCUUAUGAUCCGGCCACCAACGUUUGGACGCGCAUACCCAAUAUGAAUCAUCGUCGUUCGGGCGUAUCCUGUGUGGCCUUUCGUGGACAGCUUUAUGUGAUUGGCGGCUUUAAUGGUACUGCGCGUCUAUCCACUGGCGAACGUUACGAUCCCGAUGCGCAAUCGUGGUCGUUUAUACGCGAAAUGAAUCACUCUCGUAGCAAUUUUGGACUAGAAAUAAUAGAUGAUAUGAUUUUCGCUAUCGGCGGUUUUAAUGGCGUCUCAACCAUUUCACACACAGAAUGCUAUGUGGCCGAGACUGAUGAGUGGAUGGAAGCGACCGAUAUGAAUGUAGUACGUUCGGCUCUCACAGCCAACAAUGUAGCUGGAUUGCCAAAUAAACGUGACUACAUACACAAGGAACGCGAUCGGUUGAUGGAGGAACGUCGUCAGCGGCUGCUAGCAAGCGCCAUGGCACGCGAUGCGGAGACGAUCUCCGUAUCGAAUGCCUCAGUGGAGACACAAGAUGCCGCUAUGGACGAUUACGAUAGCCCAAACGAGGAUGAUGAUGCCGACGAUGAGGUAGAUGCAGCUGCAGCGCUUGCACCGGUAAUUGAGGAUCGUCAUGAAGAUCAGCAUCCCGAUCCGAAUCGGCGUUUCCGCGUGCAAUUGAGAGCGCAACGUUUCGGUUCGCAACAUGAGAUACGACGAAGGGCCUAAAGUAAUGCAUCAUAAGCUGUAUCUUCAAUUACGAAGUGAUAAAAAAAUUUACAUAAAUGAGAAAUUCUUUGUAAUAUGAAUGAGUGAAUGUACCGGAUGAGGAA